AUGCUUUCUUAUCAUAAUUUAGCCCAAAGUGAUUAUCAAAAGGAAAAGGAUAUUCCAGUUACAAAUCCCUUACACAAACCAAAACAAAACAGCCUUAAUAUCUUAACUUCUCCUGUGCCCCACCCUUUCAACACAUUGCUCCCAUCCAAUCUUCUAUAACACCAACCACUUGAUAACGAUCGACAAUCAUAGAGGUCCAAUCUCUCCCAAAAAGACCAAUCCUAUAGCUACAUCCCAAUCUUAACCAAUCCUCAUGAGCAAAUGCUGUUAGAGUAAUAGCAACAUCUGAUGGAUCAAGGUGAAGAUUUAAAAUCCCAAAACAAGAAACUGGUGUUCGAAAACAAUUCACUCAAAAAGCUGGUGGAGUAGCUCUCCUUAGAAUUGCAGUCUUUAAGGAUCCAGAAAUCUUAGGAACUAGAAAUGAAAGCUAAAAUAGACUAUUAGGAAGAAAUGAUUGUCAAACUUAAAUCGGAAGUCAGAAGAAAAGCAGAUCUUAUAUAAGAGAACUAAUUUAAGGUAAAUGAGUUGGAACGGCUGCAAAAUAAAUUAGAAGAAUAUUCGGGCUUAACUAAGAAAUAUUAAGAAUAAGUCUUAUAAAUGUAAUAACUGAAAGAAUAGGCUCAAGAUCUCAAUAGGCAAUUAAUUCAAUAUCAAAGUACAGAAAAUGAGAAUCACAACCUAAAGGAAUACAUAGAAGCAUAUAAACAAUAAAUAAGAGACAAAGAUGUUAAAAUAUAACAAUAGAGGGAGCAAUAGGAAUAAUUGUUUUCAGAUAAUAAAAAAAUGAAAUCCACUUUGGAUGUUCUUAACUUUGAGUUUAAAAAAGCACAGGAUGGUUAUAAUGAAUCCUUGCACAGAGCGACCAUUUAAAAUACAGAAUUGCAAGGAUAAUUAAGUUUACUCCAAAAAAAUUUAACUAAUCAAACUCAUCAAAUUGAAUUACAAAAAUAAUAGGUUAAAUAACUAGAACUCAAAGAAAAGGAAUUAUACACUACCAAAAAUCAAUACUUAAAAUUAGACGAAAAGUUUUAAGCCUAAACACAAUAGACCAUUAAAUGUAAUACUUAUAUCUUGAUAUUUAGAAACUAAAGAAAUUGA